AUGCUUAGCUACGCAAAGUUUCUAAAGGACAUCAUAUCAAAUAAACGUAACCUAGGAGAAUAUGAGAUGGUCAUGCUAACUGAGGAAUGCAGCGCUAGAAUUCAGAAGAAACUCUCACCGAAAUUGAAAUAUCCAGGGAGUUUCACUGUCCAUUGUACUAUUGGUGAAGUAAAUUUUGAUAAAGCUUUAUGUUACCUUGGAACAAGUAUAAAUUUAAUGCCUCUGUCUGUUUUCAAGAAACUUGGAUUGGGAAAAGCCAAGGCUAACACUAUGACAUCGCAGUUAGCUGAUAGAUCCUUGACACAUCCACGAGGGAUAAUUGAAGAAGUAUUGUUCAAAGUGGAAAAAUUCAUCUUCCCUACUGAUUUUCUCAUUUUGGAUAUGGAGGAAGACAAGGACAUUCCACUGAUAUUGGGCAGCUCGUUCUUAUCCUCAAGCAAAACUCUUAUUGAUCUUCAUAAAGGACAGUUGAUUCUGAGAUUGGGAGAAGAACAGAUUUCUUUUAAUGUCUUCAAAGUGAUGAAGCUACCUAUAAAGUCAGAUAGCUGUUUCCAGAUCGACGUGAUUGACAGGGUGGUUCAAGAUUCAUUCUUGCUACAUAAUCCAUCUGAUGCUUACGAGGCUUGCAUUGCACACUCAAUCAACACAUUCCGAUUAUGUGAAGAUUGA